AUGUUAUUGGAUUUUGCAUUUACCAACACAUGGCUUAUACCGGCCUCGCUAGCCACUUACUGGCUGGGUUGGCUUAUCUACACCCUCACCUUCCAUCCAUUGAGCAAGAUUCCAGGUCCUUACCUCGCAAGAUUCUCACGACUGUGGUAUUUGCACAAGAUCUGGACAGAGGAUGUUGAGAAGCAUGAAAGGGCCCUCCAUGCCAAACACGGUCCCCUCAUCCGCAUCGCUCCAGAUGAAAUAUCAUGUUCCGAGCUAAUCACAUGUGCUAUUGGCAGCCCUGAGGCUUUUGCUAGUAUCUAUCGCUUCUCCAACGCUUUGGACAAAGGACGAUUCUAUGAACCUUACAAUACAACCGGCUUCAGCCCCCAUGGUGAUGUCUUUUCGUGCAAGAACGACAAGAAGCACGGCCAGAGGCGCAGGAUUACCAGCAACAUCUACUCAAUGACAAACGUAGCCUCGUCGGAAGAGUACAUUGACUCUUGCAGCAAUCUUCUCACAGAGCGAUUGGGUCAGUUUGCAGAUUCGGGCAAGCCUUGUGAUAUCGGCGAGUGGCUUCACUGGUACACUUUCGACAUUAUCGGAGAACUGUUUUAUGGACGUGCGUUUGGAUUUAUUGACGAGGGCAAAGACCAGAAUGACUGGAUAAAAUCACUCGACAAGAUGAUCCCUUUUGUGUGCUUGAUGGGUGUUGCGCCACCAAUCCUUCGGCCACUCAUUGGUCUCGGAACUAUGAUCUCUUCUGCUGGUAAAGAAAUCAGAAAAGGGGUCAAAAACAUUGGCGAAUCCUCUUCACGACUCAUGAAGGAAGCAUACGCAUCGCGUAUUGAAGCACCUCGAACUGACAUGGCGCAGCAAAUCUUUAGCAUUUUUGAAAAGAACGGGGAAAGGAUGGACUUCCGCUGGGGAGAUGUCGAACAGGAGUCGUACGGUGCGCUCUUUGCCGGUAGUGAUACUACGGCCAUUGCUUUUCGCUCGUUGUUCUACCAUCUCAUGCACAACCCUGAAGCUUACAGCCGGCUUGAGAUAGAAAUCGACCGAGCUGUUGACGAUGGCCUACUCAGUAUGCCUGCGACGUAUAAGGAAGCUAUUAAGCUUCCCUAUCUCUGCGCAUGUAUUAAAGAAGCUCUUCGUAUCUGGCCUGGCGCACAGCUCUCUCUGCCUCGAACUGUACCCCCAGAGGGCCUGACUAUCUGCGGUCAAUUCAUCCCUGGAGGUUAUGUUGUUGGCAUCAACGCCGCUGUGAUGCACUUCGACAAGAGGGUGUUUGGGCAAGACGCCGAUAGCUUUAACCCUGACCGAUGGAUGGACACAGCUCGUGCUAAUUAUAUGGACAAGUACAUGAUGGCUUUUGGCGGGGGCACUCGUACAUGCUUGGGCAAAAACAUUGCCCUCAUUGAGCUACAUAAACUGUCUCCUCAACUGAUCCGAAACUAUCGAUUUGAGUUCUACGACCGGAACAGGACUCGGUGGCAUACUAGAAACACCUUCUUUGCUCGACAAGAGGGAAUUGUGGUCCGUGUUAAACACCGAGAGCAUUAG